UUCCUUUAGUCUCUCUACUGUUUUCAGAUACGUGCCUUUGUGCUUUAGUACGACGUGACCCCAAUGGCUUCAUAGCAGCCUUAUUUUUUUAUAUUUUUUUUUCUUGGAGCAGGCCAGUCCUGUUGGCAUUCACAGACCAUCUCCAAAUGCGUUCAGGUUUAGCGGGACUCGUGGCGGAGAUGCUGUGCGGUGUUACCGGCGGAACCCGGCCGAGGCUCCGCAGCCUCUUACUGGCCCCCGCUACCAAAACAUUGCCUCCGGUGUCAGCUGCUGGAAGCCGAAGAUUUCGGUCCACAUCCUCGAUGCAAGGAUUUUCAGAGAUGGCGAGGGAGCGGUCGAAGACUGUCACGUCUUUUUACAACCAGUCUGCAAUCGACGUUUCAGCAGAAAAGGCCUCAGUGCGUCUAACCUUAGCAACCUUGCUGUACUCUGGAAAGUCUCCUGAUGGACACCACAUCUUGAGCAGUGCCAGGUAUCUUCACAAGGAGCUUCCUGUAAGAAUUGCUCAUCGGAUCAAGGGUUUCCGCAGUUUGCCAUUCAUCAUUGGCUGUAACCCCACCAUACUGCAAGUGCAUGAACUGUACAUCAGAGCCUACCACAUGCUGAGCGAGUUCCCCCAGAUCAAAGAGCAGGACAUGGAGGCGCGUUUCUGCAAGCUGGUGCAGCAGCUGCUGGACGACCACAAAGACGUGGUCACCAUGCUGGCCCAGGGCUUCAGGGAGUGUCGGCGACACAUCCAGGAUGAGACGAUCAUUCGCAGCUUCUUGGACACAACGCUGUGCUCUCGUCUCGGCAUCCGAAUGUUGGCCACUCAUCAUCUGGCUCUGCAUGAGGACAAUCCGGAUUUUGUUGGAAUCAUAUGCAGACGUCUUUCUCCUAAAAAAAUUAUAGAGAAGUGGGUGGACUUUGCCAGACGUCUGUGUGAGCAUCAGUAUGGAAAUUCACCCAGAGUGAGGAUCAAUGGACACGUAGCCGCUCGCUUCCCCUUCAUCCCUUUGCCUCUGGAUUAUAUCCUACCAGAACUCCUUAAAAAUGCCAUGAGGGCCACCAUGGAAAGCCACCUGGACACUCCUUACAACGUACCCGAUGUGGUUGUCACUAUUGCGAACAAUGACAUCGACUUUGUCAUAAGGAUUUCGGACCGCGGUGGAGGCAUUCCUCACAAUAUACUGGACAAAGUGAUGGACUACCACUUCAGCACGGCGGAGGAGAGCGCUCAGGACCCCCGCAUGAGCAACUUAUUCAACAACAUCACCAACAGCGGGAAUCAGUCCAGCCCCAUGCACGGGUUUGGCUUCGGCCUGCCCACAUCCAGAGCCUAUGCCGAGUACCUGGGGGGCUCCCUGUCCGUACAGUCUAUGCAGGGCAUCGGCACUGACGUUUACCUCCGCCUGCGCCACAUCGACGGCAAAGGGGAGAGCUUCAGAGUGUAAUCUUUGUAAGUCCCCAAAUGAGGCCACCGAGGGGGGGGGGCUGCGAAAAGGUUUGCCACUAUGAAGGCCGACUAAGAGGGGGGGUCUCCUGUCCAGAGCGGCGGCCUUUGCGCUGUAAUGUCUGUUGUUUGUUUUCGCCUUACACUGAUUAUAAGCUAUGUUAGCUCUGGAUUUGAGGAUUUCGGAUUGUUUUGUAACCCAGCCGGCAUGUCGUCUUUACCUUUUUUUUUAGUUUUUUUUUAUGUUCGGACUAUCGGGACAAACUGUGCAUGAUGGUGGAUUAAAAAGCUUCCUUUUUUCUUGAAGCUUCGCUUUGAAUUUGAAUGUUACAAAGCUUCAAAUUAAAAGGCUACGUUUUAGCCAGAAAUGUUUCAAAUUAGACUUCUGAGACACUCCAGCAAACCGUGUUCAACAGCACUGUAACAGAAAAACAACAGGCAGAACCGAAUCAUAGGCUGCGCUUUUUUAGAUCUGCAAGAGGACAACACUGAGUGGAGUUCAGCUCAUCCGCAUUAAACCAUCUGUGGCUUGAAAACAGUGAAAACUGCCAAAACACCUGAUAUCAGUCUAGUUCUGAUCUGUAUUUGGAGCUUUCCAGCAGGGAAGAUGUUCAGCUGCCUUAUAGUAGUCGACUCGCAUGCUGACUUUGUCUUUUUGUUGCCUUUCUUGCUUCACACACGCGCUCCAUUAUCCCAGAGUCAUUAGUUUAAUGAUUUUUUUUUGCACAUUAAUAGGUUUCCCUUUUGUGAUUCUGGGUGCUUGCACAUCCUAGAAGUUUUUAUUGUAACUAUUGGUAAAGUAACUAUUUACCAGAGAAGUAUUUUUUUUUCUAUUUAGAUCUCCUUUUUUUCGUUUUAUUUGAGAUUUGUGGUUUCAAAAAUGGUCUGUAACAGGGUUUAAGCUGAGGUUGUACGUUUGUUCAUCUGUUUUAGGUCAAAAUUGGUGUUAAUAUUUAAUAUAUGAAAUGAGCAGAAGGUUGCUUUUGAAGUUUUGCUUGAAUUGAGGCUCCUUCCGAUUAGCUAACGGCACUAGAAACCUGAAAGAAGAAAAGGAUAACGCUGAGGAAACAUUUCUGAGGUAAAUCUGCAGAAUCCUAAUUUCUACAAACGAACAAGCCAACCACUUUGGAGCGUUUAGCGCGUGAAUCCGGUAUGUAGAUCCACGAGGUUUAGAGUUCACACUCCUUCUGUUGUGUUAAACAUUCCCCAGAUGACACAAAGACUCACAACAGACCUGCCACAUUUCAAUUUGAGUUUGAUUCAGGUUCAUGUGUUUUCUUUUUCUGUUCUCUUUUUACCCUGUGAGGGCAUUAGUCUUGGAGUAUGAUUCUGCUUUGUCUUUGAAUCACAGUUACAUUUUAUUCUGUAGUUACAUGUAUUCUUAAUUUUGUUUGUCAAAAAAGUUAAUAAAAAAAAGCUUAAGUUCUUAUAAAUGAACUAACAGUGCAGGUAAAGCUUCUUGUGAGAUUUUUAAGUUUAUGUACAAAAAAGUUUAAAGCUAAAAAACAAUUAUCUUCCUCUUUUAAGUUAUAAAUCUGUGCAGAGAACGAAGACAAAAAGAUUAAUGCUUGGAUUAAUGCAACCCGUCAAACUGUUUAUUGAAGAUCUGUUGUGUAAAUGUACCUCAUGCAUGUAAAAUAUGAGGGGUUCAUGUGGUUGGACAUUGGGAGCAGGUUAGCAGCUCUGAGUUAUUUCUUUUUAUUCCAAAAAUGCUGCUGAAAGGAGGCCUGUAGAAUCACAGCACGGUGCCAUAAAAUGUGCACAGUUUGCCCCCUGCUGGCCUGAAAAAGGACUACUUCUCAUACGUAAUCAAGGAAAUCUCUCCCUCCUCCAAGGAUAAAAAUAAUUGUUACUAACAGAGAAAUAUAUUAAGAUAAAAAAACACUCCUGUGAUGAUCUGAAUCUUGUUACUUAUAAAUGUCCUGUCAUGGAAGUUUCGUUUUUUUCUCCCAGACUAACCCUGGUUUCUAACUCGUAUGUUUCUAAAGAAUUUGUAGAUAUUAAAUUUUACUUGAUUGAAACCCAAAA